GCGGCGCGCGCGCGCGCGCGGGGAGUCGCCGUGGCCGCGCCGGAGUUUGGGCCGGGGACCGCCAUCGAGGCGGGGUCCGCGCGAGGGCCGGAGCGGAGCGGCGCCGCCACCGCCGCACGCGCCAACUUGGGCUCGCGCUUCCCGGCCCGGCGCGGAGCCCGGGGCACCCGGAGCCCAGCCAUGUCGCGAUCCAACCGGCAGAAGGAGUACAAAUGCGGGGACCUGGUGUUCGCCAAGAUGAAGGGCUACCCACACUGGCCAGCCCGGAUUGACGAGAUGCCUGAGGCUGCAGUGAAAUCAACAGCCAACAAAUAUCAAGUGUUUUUUUUCGGGACCCAUGAGACGGCAUUCCUGGGCCCCAAAGACCUCUUCCCUUACGAGGAGUCCAAGGAGAAGUUUGGCAAGCCCAACAAGAGGAAAGGGUUCAGCGAGGGGCUGUGGGAGAUCGAGAACAACCCUACUGUCAAGGCUUCUGGCUACCAGUCCUCUCAGAAAAAGAGCUGCGUGGAGGAGCCAGAGCCGGAGCCUGAAGCUACAGAGGGUGAUGGUGACAAGAAGGGCAAUGCUGAGGGUAGCAGUGAUGAGGAAGGGAAGCUGGUCAUUGACGAGCCUGCCAAGGAGAAAAAUGAAAAGGGGGCGCUGAAGAGGAGAGCAGGGGACCUGCUGGAGGACUCCCCAAAACGUCCCAAGGAGGCAGAAGACCCUGAAGCGGAGGAUAAGGAGGUGGCUGUCUUGGAGGGUGAGCAUCCCCUUCCUGUGGAGGUAGAGAAGAACAGUACUCCCUCUGAGCCUAGCUCUGGCCGGGGGCCUCCUCCAGAAGAAGAGGAAGAGGCUGCCAAGGAAGAUGCUGAGGUCCUAGGCAUCAGAGAUCAUGAGAGCCUGUAGCCACCAAUGUUUCAAGAGGAGCCCCUGCCCCGUUCCUGCUGCUGUCUGGGUGCUAUUGGGGAAACUGGCCAUGGCCUGCAAACUGGGAACCCCUUUCCCACCCCAACCUGCUCUCCUCUUCCACUCACUCUCCCUCCCCAAGCCCAGGCCCUGGGGAUUGACUUGGAUGUGGCAAGCUACCUGGCCCUUACCUCCGUGUCACUUUCACGUCUCCACACCCUGUGAUCUGAGUCAGGGCUAUGUCUUCUGCUCCAUGGUAUGAGAUGAGGCCUUUUGUCCCUCCCUGCCUGGAGCUGUCUCCUAGGAUUCCUGGUGGGGCCCGGGCGAGCUGUUUCCACCUCCUGACACCCCUUGGCCCCUUCCCUAGGCAUUGUGGACCUCUGGAUUGGUUGGGAUCAGAAUUAGGUAUAGAAAGGAUGGAGGAUAAAUAGCAAGGGUGGGCUUCUGGGGUCUGAGAGGAGCAGUCCUCAAAGUAGGGUGGGGAGGUGGUCAGGAGAUGGCAUCUUCUUGAGCUCCUGUGCCUUUUUCCCACACUUACUAUCCCAGCUUCCUAGAAUCAGGGAAAAUGGGACAGUUUGUGUGGGAGGGACUCCCUUGCAUAGAUUCUUGAUGAUUAACGACACCGAUUCUUCUCUUUGCUAAUCCCAGGAGUUCUAGGAGUUGUAGUUAAUUCAUCAAAAGACUUUGAGGCUUCCCAGUUGUUUGGGUCAAGGACCUGAGAUCUGAAGUGUUGACUUCACCCCGCCUGGAUGGGGGUGUUGAGGAGUAGUCGUCCCCACUUUUAGAUCUUGGGCCAGAGAUGGGAUGCCCUGGGGAGAUCCCUAGCUGCCCUUUUCCCUCUCCCCACAGUGCUCAAGGCCAGCCUGCAGCCACAUGUCGCCCAGACAUAUGGAGAAGACACAUUUUUUAGGAAAUGUUUUUAAUAAAAGAAAAUUUUAAAAAAAUUUUGAAGACCCCUUAUCCCUUUGUGUGCCCCCCACACUGCUCCUUUCUUCCCCACUUUUGCCCUCAUUUCUGAGGUACACUGGGAGCCUCCCCCUCUGGGCUUGAUGAUUUUCCUUUUGUAGCUGGGGCUUUGGUGUUCCUUCUGGUGUCAUUUCCCAUCCACAUACUCCCACCUCGUCCCCUCAGUGUUGUCACCAGAUCCGAUUUGUAGCCCGCUGAGUGGACAGGGAAAUGAAUACCCUUUCCCAAUCUCUUUCUAGUGGUCUGGAUGCCUCUUCCAUCUCGUGUCUGUUUCACCCUUGUCCCUCUCCCUAGGGCUCUGAUGAAAAAUUGCUGACUGUAGAAGUUUAGCUCCGAGAACCAUAGGCAAUUUCAGUUCUAGGAAAAUAAACCUGUUGAUUACUACA